GCCGGAAGUUCCUGGCCCGGCCUGGCGGUAACCUUGGGGUCCUCGGCGCCGCCACUGCCGUGGUGGUUGGCUUUGCAAGUGCGAGUCUCACCCCAGGCCAGGCCUGUUAGGCUCGCGGGAGCCGCCGGGGUUGCGCAGGAGGACGCUGAGGGCCGCGGGGAGCAGGAACCACGGGCGCAGGGCCGCCCGGCCGACAUGUCUCUAGUGGCGGAAGCCUUCGUCUCGCAGAUCGCAGCUGCAGAACCUUGGCCUGAAAAUGCUACAUUAUAUCAGCAACUGAAAGGGGAGCAAAUUUUGCUUUCUGACAAUGCAGCUUCUCUUGCUGUGCAGGCCUUUUUGCAAAUGUGUAAUCUGCCUAUCAAAGUGGUUUGUAGGGCAAAUGCAGAAUAUAUGUCUCCAUCUGGUAAAGUACCAUUUAUUCAUGUAGGAAAUCAAGUAGUAUCAGAACUUGGUCCAAUAGUCCAAUUUGUUAAAGCCAAGGGCCAUUCUCUUAGUGAUGGGCUGGAUGAAGUCCAGAAAGCAGAAAUGAAAGCCUACAUGGAGUUAGUCAACAACAUGCUGUUGACUGCAGAGUUGUAUCUUCAGUGGUGUGAUGAAGCUACAGUAGGGGAGAUCACACAUGCUAGGUAUGGAUCUCCCUACCCUUGGCCCCUGAAUCAUAUUUUGGCCUAUCAGAAACAGUGGGAAGUCAAACGUAAGAUGAAAGCUAUUGGAUGGGGUAACAAGACACUGGACCAGGUCUUAGAAGAUGUUGACCAGUGCUGUCAAGCUCUUUCUCAAAGACUGGGAACACAACCAUAUUUCUUCAAUAAACAGCCUACUGAACUAGAUGCCCUUGUGUUUGGCCAUCUGUACACCAUUCUUACCACACAGUUGACCAAUGAUGAACUUUCUGAGAAGGUGAAAAACUAUAGCAACCUUCUUGCUUUUUGUAGAAGAAUUGAACAGCACUUUUUUGAAGAUCGUGGUAAAGGCAGCUCAUCUAUCAGAUUGUCUUAGAGUUAUAUGUUAAUUUUGUUAUUAUUAUAAAAAAUCGAACUUUUGAAAUGUGUUACUUGAAUGACAUGAUAAUGGUAUCAGAAUUUUAAAACCAAAACACUGCUUUUCAGAACAUCAAAAACAAACUACAUAGUGUAUCUUAUUCGUGUACUUUAUGCUGCUGUUUAUGUGCACCCUGAAAUAAUUCCGAAUGACUUCAUUUGAUAUGUUAAACUCUAUAUCUUGAAAUUUUUGUUUCCUUGAAACUUGUAUGCAUAUAAAAAUAAACCUUUAACAACUGUAUGGCUGAUGUA